AUGGACAACAUCAUCAGUGGUCAAGCCCAAAAAGUAGAAGAUGUGGAUGGAACUCGGGUGCAAAACGAAUUCUCCAAGUUUUUGAAGAGCUUCAAGGGAGAUAAAAAUGAGCUCCAAUACAAGACGGCAAUGAAGGAGUUAGUUCAACCGGAGAAGAAUACCAUCUUCGUUGACAUGCAACACCUCUACAAGUUCAGUAACAAUUUGGCUACUACUAUCGAGCUGCAAUACUACCGCGUUUACCCAUUUAUGUGUGAGGCUCUACAUCUGGCCACACUCGACGGAUGUGAUGAGAAUGAACGUCAGCAGAUGUUCAAGAAGCAAUUGUACGUCUCACUCUACAAUCUUGAUGCCAAGACUAAAGUUCGUGAGCUGUCUGCCGACAAAGUCGGAGGACUCGUUCGCAUUGCCGGUCAAAUCGUGAGAACCCAUCCAGUUCAUCCGGAGCUCUCCCGUGCUUGCUUUGUUUGCGAGGACUGCGGAGUGAGCACACGCGAUGUUCAGCAGCAAUUCAGAUACACGCAGCCGACAAAGUGUGCCAAUCCACAAUGUAUGAAUCGAACCAGAUUCAGCCUCGACGUCAACUCGUCAACGUUCGUUGACUUCCAAAAGAUCAGGAUUCAGGAGACUCAAGCUGAGCUUCCUCGCGGAUCUAUUCCACGUACUGUCGAUGUCAUUGUUAGAGGAGAAAUGGUUGAGACAGUUCAACCAGGAGACAAGUGUGACAUUGUCGGAACACUUAUUGUCAUCCCAGACAUUGCUCAACUCAGCACACCAGGACUUCGCGCUGAAACUUCAAAUCAGAACAGAGGUAGAGCGACUGACAAGAGUGAGGGAAUCACUGGAUUGAAAGCACUCGGAGUGAGAGAUCUCACUUACAAGAUGGCAUUCUUGGCGUGCCAUAUCCAACAAACCGAAAGUCUGGUUGGUGGAGAUGCUUCAGGGGCAAUGGAGGAGAAUGACUACCUUGAACUGUGGACCAAGAUGAGUCCUGAAGAUCGCUCAGUUUUGAAGCAGAUGAGUGAUGACAAGAAGAUCGAGAAAAACAUUGUGGAUUCCCUGUUCCCAAACAUUUAUGGGAACCAUGAAGUGAAACUGGGAGUACUUCUGAUGCUGCUGGGAGGAGUUGCCAAGAAAAGUAAAGAUGAGGGAACCUCUCUUCGUGGAGAUAUCAAUGUGUGCCUUGUCGGAGAUCCAUCCACUGCUAAGUCCCAAGUUUUGAAAGCCGUUGAGGAAUUCAGCCCAAGAGCCAUCUACACUUCUGGAAAAGCAUCCUCAGCUGCUGGUUUGACAGCUGCAGUUGUGAAAGAUGAAGAAUCUUUUGAGUUUGUUAUCGAAGCUGGAGCCCUUAUGCUGGCUGAUAAUGGAGUUUGUUGUAUCGACGAGUUCGACAAAAUGGAUGUGAAAGAUCAAGUUGCAAUCCACGAGGCGAUGGAACAACAAACUAUUUCCAUUACCAAAGCUGGUGUGAAAGCCACAUUGAACGCCCGCGCUUCUAUUCUUGCUGCUGCGAAUCCAGUUGGCGGACGCUACGAUAGAAGUCGUCCAUUGAAGUACAACGUUCAAAUGUCAGCUCCCAUUAUGUCUCGUUUCGAUCUGUUCUUCGUUUUGGUUGACGAAUGUAACGAAGUGACUGAUUACGCUAUUGCCCGUCGCAUUUUGGACAAUCAUCGGUCGAUUAGUGAACACACUGAACGCAAUACUGUCUACAAGAUUGACGAUAUCAAGAAGUAUAUUGCCUUUGCUCGUUGUUUCAAGCCAAAGAUUUCCGAUAAAGCUGCCGAGGCUCUUGUUCGUGAGUACAAGAAACUUAGAAUGUCCGACAGUAACAAUGCGGCUACUUCAUCCUGGAGAAUCACUGUUCGUCAGCUGGAGUCUCUUGUCCGUUUAUCUGAAGCUCUCGCUCGUCUUCACUGCGGAAAGGAGGUUCUUGAGCAACAUGUCGAGAAGGCUGCUGAACUGUUGAACAAGUCUAUUGUUCGUGUUGAACAACCAGACAUUGCACUCGAUGAAGAUGACUUCGACAACAAUAUCGUCAUUGUUGAAGCUAAUAAAGAGAAUCAAGGAGGGGACGAUGAUAUGGAGCAUGAUGGCGAAAAGGACGAGACAGCUAAGGUCGAUCCAGCAAAGCUUAAAAUCUCAUUCAAGGAAUACAAACAACUCUCGGACGUUCUUGUUUUACAUAUGCGUGCUGAUGAAGAGAGUCAAGGAGAAGAGGAGUAUGAUGGAGUCAAGCAAAGCGCCCUGGUCGAAUGGUACCUAACUACUAUCGAAGGCGAAAUGGAAACUGAAGAAGACUUCAAUGUACAAAAGACCGUUUGCGAGCGUGUGAUUCAUCGUCUUGUUCAUCAAGAUCAUAUUCUUCUCGAAGUUGAGCCAGGAGAGGAUCCAACUCUGUGUGUCCACCCGAACUACGUUGUCUCUGACGAAUAA